GUCCAAUCUAAAGUCACGCACUAUUUUUAGCCAUUGCAAAGGAAGCAGUCAACGGUCGACACUGCGCCUGCGCCACUGGUCAGCAGUACGUCCUGCUUCAACACACCGACAACUAAAGCCUAUAGCGUUAACUUGGGUAGUAAAUGCUUGUUGGUGUGCAGCGUUCGUAACUCCUGUAGGCAGCAUUGUAUUAACCGCUAACGUCGCGUUCUUUUUCGCGGUCGUUCGUCAAGGAGUCUGCGAGCUACAUCUAUAGGGUAACUAGUAAAUCCUAUAACUUUGCUUUCGUGAUUUUGUGACAACUAAGGAACCUGUGCACGUAUCGGAUCCAUUAAAUUUCUCACUAGAAAGCCCGCAAUGAUGGAUUUUAUUAAGAACGUUCUUUAUAUUUUAACGUACCCGCUCUGGUACAUCUUGGCAUUAAUGAUCGGGAAAAAGGAAAAGCCGUCAGCCAUCGAGGGAUGCAAGGAAGAUUUCACUGGCAAUGAUGUUAAAUUGGCUCCUUUGGACAAAUUCGACCCUGUGGAGUGGGAGCGAACUGCAAAAGGCAUUCAUGAGCACAUAAACAAGCGAGCGGUGGAAAACGCCGAGCAAGUCCGUGCUGAAACUUUAAAGACAGAUGAAGAUGAAGGAGAGUCCGAAGAAUUCGACGAUGACUCGAUCGAAAAUCUAGAGACAGACGAGGAGCUCGUCCUGUCAGAUUCCGUUAAGAAGGCAACAGAAGAACUCCAAAAAGAAAUAGAGGAAACAAUGAAGCUUAGGGAUCAAUUGAGAGAGGCUGUUGAAAAGAAUCAACGGCGUCUCGAAGAUACUGUUGGAGAAGCACAGAAGCCUACCAAGGAAAGGUCGACUGACGUUCAGGAUACGCUCCCAGGUGUAACUAAGAACAUAGUCGUUGAAGCCGCCCAGAGAACCCAAAAAGAAUUUGAUCGAAUAGCCAAAGUUACCGACGAUGCCGCUAAAAAGGUGUUUGCUGACACUCAGCAAGCUAAACACAAGGCUGCGGCAGGAAUACAAGGUGCCAUUGGAGAAGUUGACGCAGCCGCCCAACAUGUGGGAGAAUUGAUCAGCAAAACGAGCGAAGAAACGUUUAAGCGAGUUGAGGGUGGUGCUGGAGAAGCUACAAAUCUUCAAGACGAGCUAAACGAAGCAAUAAAAACGACUCAAAAAAAUGCUAAAGGAACCGAGGAAACAACAGUUGAAUUUUCGGAAAUCUUCGACAAAGAGACUCGUGAAAGAUUCCAAGCUCUUGAGCAGACUAUCCAGGAGGACGUUGACAGUCCCCUGAAGAAAUUCACCAAAAACUGAGUCUUGUGUAAAUUAUAGGAAUCGUAUUGUUGUAAUUUGAGUUAUUAAAUAAACGAGUACUUUCUGAAAUUCCUUAA